AGAGAGAGAGAGAGAGAGAGAGAGAGAGACGGGGUGAGAUUGAAAAAAAUCAACUUUAAUUAAGUUGUAACGAUGAGCCCGAACAACGUUACCACGAGCCUUGAGUUUUCAGCGCAACCAUUGCCACUUAUUUUUCUAACUCUCGUAAUCUCGGUUACUGCGAUCUUGUUCUUCGUGCGGUCCACGAAAUCAUCAAAGGGACGAGAGCUACCCCCGGGACCGCGUGCAUGGCCAAUCAUCGGGAACUUAGGCGGCAUGAUCAUGAACCGACCGGUUUUCAGGUGGAUCAACCGAGUCAUGAACGAGUUGCAAACCGAGAUAGCUUGUUUCCGGUUCGGAAACAUCCACGUCAUCACCAUUUCGUCCGAUGAGAUUGCCCGUGAAGCCCUUAAGGAGAAAGAUUCGGUUCUUACAGACAGACCGGAGUCAUACUCAACUUCAGCAAUAUGCAGCGGCUUGAAAACCCUAGUUUUCUCAAACUAUGGAGAUCAGUGGGUGAAGAUGAGAAGAGUGAUGACGUCAGAGCUGAUGUCACCUGGAAGACUGAACUGGUUACUUGAUGCCAGAACAGUGGAAUCCGACAAUCUCCUUGCCUACGUUCACAACCUUUACAAACGGUCCAAGACGGUAAACGUUAGAGAAAUCGGGAGGACUUACGCCUACACUGUCAUGAUGAGAAUGAUGUUUGGUCGUAGGUGUCUCACGGAAGUAUCCACAGAGGAUGGAAGCUUGGGACCGAUGGAGAGAGAACACGUGGACGCCAUAUUCAAAUCUUUGGACUGUUUCUUUAGCUUUCAGGUAUCAGAUUUCAUUCCUUGUCUAAGGGGUUGGGGUUUGGACAGGCAUGAGAAGAAGGCAAGAGAAGCAUGUGACACCAUUGCUAGGUGCAACGCUCUAGUUAUCGACGACAGAAUCAAGUUGUGGAGGGAGAGAGAAGGAAAGAAGGAUGUCGAAGAUUGGCUCGAUGUCUUAAUCUCUCUGAAAGAUUCCGAAGGGAAGCCAUUGCUUACGCCUCAAGAAAUCAAAGGUGAAUGCAAGGAUGUUUGUGUUGCAUCGUUGGAUAAUCCGGCAAACAACGUGGAAUGGACACUUGCCGAGAUGUUAAAUCGACCCGAGACUCUUAAAAGGGCUAUGGAUGAACUCGAUAGAGUGGUCGGAAAAGACAGACUUGUGCAAGAAAGUGACAUACCGAACCUCAACUACAUAAAAUCUUGUUGCAGAGAGUCUUACCGACUUCAUACCGUUGCUCCAUUUUUACCCCCUCAUGUAACUACUGAGGACACAUCCCUCGGGGGAUUUUUUGUCCCAAAAGGUAGUCACGUGCUGGUGAAUAGGGUCCUCCUGGGUCAGAACCCUAAGAUUUGGGUGGACCCGGAGGUCUUCAAGCCGGAGCGCCACAUCAGCGGGGACGGUUGCUCGGAGGAGGUGAGUCUUAUGGAGCCGGAGAUGCGGUUCGUAUCGUUUAGUACAGGUCGUCGCGGUUGCAUAGGUGGAAAGGUUGGGACAUACAUGACGGUGAUGUUGUUGGCUAGGCUUCUCCAAGGUUUCACUUGGAAGCUCCCUCCGGGUUCGGGUCCGGUUCAGGUCGAGCUUGUGGAGUCGCCAACCAGUUUGCUGAUGGCUAAGCCUCUGGUUCUAUCCGUGGAACCGAGGUUAGCUCCGCAUAUGUACCCGCAAUUUCGCAACUGAUCGAAGAAAAAGAUCGUUUCCUUUAUGAAUGUGUGUCGGGAUGUACUAUGUAUGAUGUGUUCUCGGACAAUAAUCACUUAUGUUUUAAUUUGCAUUGCUGCAUAGCAAUGGUAAUUUUCAGUUACGUCUUUUGUAUUUC